GUGAUAGCGACAGAUGUCUAGAAAACUGUGAGGGGGCACUCCUCAGUUACAACACAGUCCCAGACUGCACCUCGGAGAGCAGGGGCGGAAUCUGCAGCUGUCACUCUAAAGGUUUACCUCCAUUAUCACAUCCAGCCGGAGCCUGGAAAAGAAGCCCAAGUGACCACUCUCUAAAAAACAGGAUUCACCAUGGGAGGCAAACUGAGCAGGAAGAAGAAGGGAUAUGAUGUGAGCGACCCCAAAGAUGCAAAGGAUGAGGCUGCAGCAACGGCUUCUGGUGCAGAGGAUUCUGUUAAAGUGGAGGCUGAAGCCCCGCCCACAGAAGCUGAGGUGACAGCUGAAGCCAGCACUGUGGUAGAGCAAGCUGUGGAGUCGGCUGUGGCGGCAGUGACUGAAGCUGAACAAGCUCCAGAAGAGCCCAAAUCUGCACCUCCAGAGGAGCCAGCUCCUGCAGCUCCAGAGGAACCCAAAUCUGCACCUCCAGAGGAGCCAGCUCCUGCAGCUCCUGAGGAACCAGCCCCAGCAGUUCCAGAGGCAGCAGCUCCGGUAGAGGAACCACCUGCAGCAGCAGAGGAGGCAGCACCAGUAGCAGAAGAAGCAGCUGCAGCAGUAGUAGUAGAGGAACCAGUUGUUGCAGCUGAGGAAGCUGUUCCAGCAGCACAGGAACCAGCUCCAGCAGUAGUGGAGACAGCCCCAGCAGUAGUGGAGACAGCUCCAGUAGUAGAAGAACAAGCUCCAGUAGUAGAAGAACAAGCUCCAGUAGUAGAAGAACAAGCUCCAGUAGAAGAACUCCCAGAGGCUCCAGCAGCAGCAGCAGCAGAGGAACCUGCGCCAUGUGAGGCUGAACCUGAGCCUGCAGCUGCACCUGAAGAGCUCCCUGCUGCAGUUGUAGAAUCUGUGCCAGAGCCAGAGGUUAUUGCUGUCUGCACAGAGGAAGCACCCAAGGACCCAGAGCCAGAGCCCAUCCCAGAGACUGUUACUGAGCCAGAAGCCACUGUGGAGGAGACAGUAGUCCCCGCUGCUGUCCCUGAACCAGAGCCAGUGCUGGAACAAGCCCCAGAACCUGAGCAAACCCCCGAGCCAGCAGCAGAGCCAGAGCCAGAACCAGAGCCAGAGUCAGUGGAAGCCCCCGAGCCAGAACCCGAACCUGAGCAAGCACCAGAGCCAGUGCUUGAACAAUCACCAGAGCCAGAACCAGAGCAAGCACCAGAGCCAGAGCUUGAACAAUCACCAGAACCAGAACCAGAGCAAGCACCUGAGCCAGAGCUUGAACAAUCAGCAGAACCAGAGCAAGUGGCUGAUGCAGUAGAAUCUGCACCAGAGGAAGUUGAGCCAGAACCAAUUGUAGCCACACCUGAGGUUAAUGCAACUGAGACUUUGGAAGAAGAUGGUCCUGAGGUUGUGGAGAAUGCAGCAGAGGAGCUCCCCACUGAAGAGCAGCCCGAGGAGCCUGUUGCAACAGAGGCACCCAGCACUGAGGCGGCAGCUGAGCCAGAAGCAGCAGAACCCGUCCCUGAGAUUGUCAUCUCAGAGUCCACCUCUGCCGGCGAAAUUACCGCUGAUUCUGAAGAGGUAGCUGAAGCCUCCGUGGAAGAGGUGCCUUGCCCAGAGCCUGAGGUAGAAAGCAAGAUGGAAAACGGAGAUGUAGAGAGCUCUUCUGUUCCAGAGGACGUGGCAGAAGUAGAUGCACUUCCAGCUGUGAAUGGAGGUUGUGCAAAUUGUGGUGCCAUACAGGCAAAGGAAUGUGUUAAUGGGAAUGAAAAGCCAGAGGAAACGCCCAUCAAGGAGCAGAGUGACUUUGAACUGAAAAAGGAGGUGAACCUGAGCCAGGAAGUUCCCGAUGCAGUCGCCGACAUGGCAGAUGGUCUCAGCACUGAGGUCACCCAGGCAGUCUGAAAAAGAAGCCAUCUUUCAAAUCAAUGUGAAUUCAGUUUAAUCCUCAGAUGGUGCGAGAAAGCCAUCAAGGUAUCACAAACACAGCUAGGCUUUCUGGAAUGCUGUAACCACCGCAAUGUCUAUAGUGGUAACUCAGGCAAAAGGAUGUUUUCUUUUGAGUAACCAAAAAUGAAAUGCAACCACUUGAGGAUAGAAAGAGACAGAGAGGGAUAGACAGAGAGACAGAGAGAGAUAGGAAGUGAGAUGGAGAGCGGAGAGCAGAAGGAAGACUUGAGUUUGGAAUUAGAGAGUGAGUGCAGGCAGGCAGCGAAACUGCAAAGCAGAGCAAAAAUACUGGAUAGCAAAUAUGAUAUUAAUGAAUGGAAUGAAAAAAAAAACCUGUUUAUGUGUGUGAGCCCGAUGAAUAUUACUAAGUGGUUUGUUGGAACAGCAUUCGUUAUUAGUAUAUUAUCUGAUUUAGAAUGUCAUAUAUCCUUUCUAUUACUAUAUGCAGAGACAUGACAUAAAUGUUUUGGCCUUUUAUAACAAUGGUACCUGUGAGGACUGUUCAUUUUAAAUUGAUUGUUCGGAAUAGAGAAUAAAAAGAGAUUGUUAUAGCCUA